UUAUAGUUGUAACAGCUUUUAAGUUGAAGCAUUAGUUUGUGCGCGAGCUUCGAGCUUCACGAUAACAAACUUUCCCCCUGAGCUGAUUUUAAUAAAUGGAGGAAAGUGAGAGGGAAAUAAGGAAGGAGCUCAGCUCCGGUUGCUAUAAUGAAAUGUUGAGUUUAACCGCGUGUAAGCAGCAGAACACCGGCGGAAAGGAUGAAGCUGCUACUGACAGGAAACUGGACAUUAGUUCAGAUGAGUUUGAUCCGCUGCUGGCUCUGUAUUCAUCACAGGUCCCUUUACCUUUCCCUCACGUCAGGUGCUUUAACAACCUCGCGGAAUAUGAGAGCUUUAUGAGCGGCGGCCGCGGAAGAGCGAAACCUGAAAAUGUGGAGAAAAAGAUGCGAAAGGCGAAAAGGGGAGUAAAAGAUCCAGAGAGAAUCGAGAGGCUGAAACAACUCAUGGUGAAAAAUCCGUCUGGAGAAGCAGAAGAAAGCGGAAUGAAGCGACCUGCAAAACGCACAACUCCAAAAAAUGUGCUCACGAGGAUGCCGUUGCACGAAGGCAGUCCUUUAGGAGAACUGAACCGCUGUGUCCAGCAACGUCUCCGAGUCAAAGUCCACAUUCGCUCGUUUAAGGGUCUGCGCGGAGUCUGUACCGGCUUUGUGGUGGCUUUUGACAAAUUCUGGAACCUGGCGAUGGUGGAUGUGGACGAAACGUACAGGGAGCCGUUACUCGGAGAGGCUUUCUACCAUGAAAAAGCACUGACUGUUACAAGGCUGUUCCAAAAGUUGCAAGUUCAAGCUGCAUCUGACAAAGCAGCAGCGGAGGCUGGGGAUUCAAAAAUACAUGAGCUGUGUGUUGAGCAACACCACGUCAGCACAAGCAGUGUUGCCAGUGUCCCAAAGUCCAAACAAGCAACGGCGAGACUGGCACAAUGUGUGAAAACCCUAGCAGUGACCGGCACAGACAUAUCUCAUAUAUCUGGUGCUGGGUUAAAGCAGAGACCAAAGACGUCUAAGCCAAGAGUGGAGUAUGGAAAAGUGCAUCGGCGUCACGUGAAUCAGCUCUUUAUCCGGGGAGAAAAUGUCCUGCUUCUAAAUAUUCAGCACUAGUAGCAUUGUAUGAGCUGGUUAUUGGAAUAGAUAGUGUUUCUGGUUCUUAUUGGACAGGAGUUUUUUUAUUGCAUCAUAUUGAUAUGAAUAUAAUCAUACUUGAAGAAAUGGAGAAAAUAAACCCAAUUCAUACUU